GCUGACAAGUCUCCAGCAGCUGUCUGAUACUGGGACCAUGAGACGUCUCCACCGCAGAUAAUGGACCUGCACGAGAAGGGGACGGAAAAAGAGCAGGAGAAGGCGCCGAAGGCAAAGAAGGGUCUGUUCUCCGGGCUUCAUCUGAAGAAGAAAAAGAAAGGCGACAAAGGACUGACAUUUGCAAACAAGGGCGCACUAGGGAGACGCGAUGACACAGACAGCACACAUGGCGACGUCCCCGGGAGCAGUCUGGGCGGCAGCAGUGAGGAUCUGCUCAGUGACCUCUCCCUCUCCAGUACGUCUCUGUCUCCUGGCGCGCAAGGCAAAAGAGCCAAGCUAGAGUCCAAGAUUCACGAAGGAGAAACGAAAAUCCAGACCUAUCAGAUUGCCAUAACUAUAACCGAGGCCCGGCAGCUGAUUGGAGAAAACAUUGACCCCGUGGUUAUCAUUGAGAUCGGGGAUGAAAAGAAACAAACCUCUGUCAAAGAAGGAACAAAUGCCCCCUUCUACAAUGAGUACUUUGUCUUCGACUUUGUUGGGCCUCAAGAACAACUUUUUGACAAAAUUAUACGAUUGUCGGUUAUGCACCACAAGCUGAUCGGCAGUGUAUUAAUUGGAUCAUGUAGACUGGAUCUGGGCACAGUUUAUAAUGAACCAGGGCAUCAGUUUUUUGAUAAGUGGGCUGUUCUCACGGACCCAUCUGAUAUCAGGACCGGAGUGAAGGGCUAUCUAAAAUGUGACAUCGGUGUGGCCGGCAAAGGGGACAGCAUACAAUCAUCUCAGAAAAUCAGUGAUGCAGAAGAACAGAUAGAGAAGAAUUUGUUGAUACCUAAAGGAUUUCCAUCAGAAAGACCAUGGGCCAGAUUCUAUGUGAGGAUCUACAGAGCAGAAGGUCUCCCGAAAGUCAACUCUAGCAUCAUGGCCAAUGUCACCAAGGCCUUUAUUGGAGAUAGCAAGGACCUUGUGGAUCCCUAUGUUAUUGUCUUGUUCGCUGGACAGAUGGGUCGAACCACCGCCCAGAAAAACACUGCAGAACCUGUGUGGCACGAACAGGUUGUAUUCAAGGAGAUGUUCCCUCCACUGUGUCGUCGCGUGAAGAUCCAGGUGUGGGAUGAGGGUAGCAUGAAUGAUGUGGCUUUGGCAACUCACUUCAUAGACCUGAAGAAGAUUUCUAACGAACAAGAUGGGGACAAGGGGUUCCUUCCAACUUUUGGCCCUGCCUGGAUAAAUUUAUAUGGCUCCCCACGUAAUACCACUUUGAUGGAGGACCACCAAGAACUUAAUGAAGGUCAUGGGGAAGGGGUCUCAUUUAGAGGACGUAUCUUAAUUGAAAUUGCUGUAGAGAUUCUUUCUGGGGGAGCGCAUGAGUCCAAAUUUUCUAAAAUCAUUAAAGACAUCAAGAUCCCAUUGAAGGACUCCAAAUCAUCGAAAGGAUCAGGGAAAGAAAAAGGAGAAAAGGGAGCAGAAGAGGCAAAAUCUCCAGCUGGAGCAGAUAAGACCAACUCUACACAGGUCGAAGUUGAGCCUUUUGAUGUCCCUCCUGAGAUCCAUGAAGAAAAGUUUGAAGAUUUUCUAAUCUUUGGAUCCUUUUUCGAAGCAACUCUGAUUGACAGGAGGAUUGGAGAUAAACCGAUUAGCUUUGAAGUCACUGUAGGUAAUUAUGGCAAUGUUCUUGAUGGGGUCUCACCACACGCCAGUAAAAAGAAGACGUCUGAUGCUGAAGAUGAGGAAAGCGCCCCACUGCUACAUACAGAGGAGGCCGAUGGGGCACAUGACAUAUCCAUGUCCUUUAGAUCCAUGACCACACCGGAGAAACCAGUGAUAACGGAGGGAAACCGGAAUUAUCACUACUUGCCAUUUUAUGAGAAGAAGCCUUGUGUCUAUGUGAAAAGUUCAUGGGGAGAUCAGACAUUUAGACUGUACACGUCCAACCUUCUCCAGAAAUUGGCGGACCACCUGGUGGAAGGAUUACAGCACAUGAAAGAGCUCGUCAAAAUUUCAGAUUUUGCCCCUGAAGAAAAGAUGAGAGACGUCCUCGCUGACUUCAUCAGCCAGAGCAAGGCGUUCAUCUCAACAGCAGAGAAGAAAAGCAAAAUGCCAAACACAACGGCCCUGGAUAAGAAGAGGAUGACGCUCUGCAAACAGGAGCUGGAGGGAAUGGCUAGCGAAGCAAAAGCCAUCGUACAGCAGAAGAAGAAGAUGUCAAUAAAUGAGAUGACCAGGGAAAUGCAGAGUUUCAUUGACAGGAUCAAGUUUCUUGUGGAUGAGCCACAACAUACUGUUCCUGAUGUGUUUAUAUGGCUCCUCAGCAACAAUAAGCGCAUGGCAUAUGCCCGCAUCCCAGCCAGAGACGUUCUCUACUCCCCGGUGCCUGAAGAAAAAGGUCACCACUGCGGGAAGAUUAAAACCCUAUUCUUCAAACUCCCCGGCAAGAGAGGUCCUGGAUGGAGUGUUCAGGCCAAAGUAGAUGUCUUCUUAUGGCUGGGUUCCAGCAAAUACUCACAAGCCAUCUUUGAAAACUUGCCAAGAGGGUAUGAGAUUGAACAUCCAACUGCUCCAAGUGGACAUCACGGAUCAACCCCACCUGUCAAUCUUGUCUAUAAGACAAAGCACCUAUUCCAGUUACGAGCCCAUAUGUACCAAGGUCGAGGGCUGAUAGCUGCAGACAGCACUGGCCUCGAUCCAUUUGCCAAAGUGACGUUUGUCUCGCAUUGUCUAACAACAAAGAUCAUUCCACAGACUCUUUCACCAACUUGGAACCAGAUGCUCCUGUUCAAUGGCAUAGCAUUACAUGGAGGGAUCGAAGACAUUGCAGAAGACCCUCCAAAUAUUGUCAUAGAGCUUUACGAUGAUGAUGCCUUGGGUAAGCCUGAGUAUAUCGGUUCUACAGUGGCCACUCCAACAGCCAUACUCUCUGACCAGACUUACAGCCCGACUAAACUGACCUAUUACCCACUGUUCUGCGGGCACCUGUCCGGAGGAGAUCUGCUGGCUGCAUUCGAAUUAUUUCAGAUUCCUGAAUCUGGUGCACAAAGUCUACCACCCAUCGAUGCCCCAGAUCCCAGCCAAGUCUACUCUGUCCCGGCUGCUAUCCGCCCUGUACUGAGUAAAUACAGAAUAGAGGUUCUCUUCUGGGGAUUGCGAGAACUGAAGAAGGUGCAGUUAUUGUCCGUAGAUCGUCCUCAGGUGAUGAUUGAAUGCGCAGGGAAAGGAGUGAAAUCCAGCGUCAUUCAAAGCUACAAGAGCAACCCCAAUUUCAGUGUUAUGGCGGACUGGUUUGAAGUGGAACUGCCAGAAAAUGAAGUGCUGCACCCUCCUCUGAGUAUCUGUGUGGUGGACUGGAGGGCGUUUGGCCGGAGCACAUUAGUCGGGACCCACAUGAUCAACUGUUUGAAGCAGUUUUUAUAUAAACCUUCAGAAGUGGACACCCCUGCGCUACCUGAAGCUGAAGAAGAAACUGCUCCUCCAGAAAGUGUUUCAGCUGCUCCACACUAUGAUACUCUUAACCAAGAACCAGCAGAUCAUAUCUAUGUGGAGGUGGAAAAAACUGUUCCACAAGAAACUUCAUCAGGAGCAUCGCCAUCCCCAUCUCCAGUUCCACCAUCAGAUCCUUCACCGGAUCCAGCUGCAGCUUCCCUCCUUGAUCCAGAUGCCCCACCCAAGGUGCCAUCGUCUGCUCCACCUGGGACUGAAGACAAGAGCUUAACCCAAGAUGGAGUUAAACCUAAGACCUCAACGGCAACGUUUAAAUCUCCUUUGAGGAAGGACACUAAGCAGAAGGAACUAUUGAGAGGCUCCAUCAGACGUUCCACUAAAAAGAAAAAGAGAACAAUAGCAGAUGAGUCUGCAGAAAAUGUCAUAGACUGGUGGUCCAAAUACUACGCAUCCUUGGAGAAAGUGCAAAAGGCCAAAGCUGCUGCUGCUGCAGCAGGCACGACUCCAGGACCACCGCCAGCAGCUCAGGAUGCCCCGAAGGCUUCAAAGACGAAAGGGCAUGUCACAUUGUUGAUUGACGAUGAGCAGGAUAAAAAGAAGAAAGAUGGCAAAAAGGGACUGGAUGUGGUUAAACCGAAGCCAAAAGAAGAAGGGCCGAAACUCGCAACAUUGCAGAUAUAUGAUGGGGAGCUGGAGAGUGAAUUUCAGAACUUUGAAGACUGGGUGAGAACAUUUGAACUCUUGAGAGGCAAAGCCAACGACGAGGACCAUAGUGUCCACGAUAACAGGAUUAUUGGUAAAUUUAAGGGUUGUUUCAGCAUAUAUAAAAGCAUGGAUGAUCUCUCAAGCUCUAUGGAUACCCGACAAUUGAAAAUUAUUCAGGGAAUUCCUCCAAAUCAUUCUGUAAAGGUUCUCAUCCGGGUCUAUAUUGUUGCUGGAUUUAACCUCAGCCCGGCUGAUCCAGAUGGGAAAUCCGAUCCAUACAUUGUCCUGCGACUGGGAAAGACGGAAAUCAAAGAUCGAGACAAUUAUAUUCCCAAGCAACUGAAUCCAGUAUUUGGACGAUCAUUUGAAAUCCAAGCUACCUUCCCGAAUGAAUCGCUAUUAACCAUCGUGAUAUACGACCAUGACCUGAUUGGAACAGAUGACCUCAUCGGUGAGACGAAAAUUGAUUUGGAAAAUCGCUUCUACAGCAGACACCGGGCAACCUGCGGCCUGCAGAGUCAAUACGAAAUAGAGGGGUACAAUGCCUGGAGGGACAGCACCAAGCCCGCAGAGAUACUGACCAAGCUCUGUAAAGACAACAGGCUCCCUGCCCCGGUUUUCCAACCUGGACAGAUACAGAUUGGAAGCAAGGUUUUUUCAGGGCAAACCGUGUUUGAUCAAGACGAUGAACAAGUAGAGUCCUAUGAACACCUCGCACUGAAAGUUCUUCAUUCCUGGAAGGAGAUCCCGGGAACUGGAUGCCAACUGGUUCCUGAACAUAUCGAAACCCGAGCCCUGUAUCACCGAGAUAAGCCUGGCAUAGAGCAGGGACGUAUACAGAUGUGGGUGGACAUGUUUCCAACUGAUCUGCCCCUCCCAGGCCCUCCUGUCGAUAUCGCACCCCGAAAACCCAAAGGCUAUGAAUUGAGGAUAAUCAUUUGGAAUACAGAAGAUGUGAUAUUGGAAGAUGAAAAUAUAUUCACUGGACAAAAAUCAAGUGAUAUCUAUGUCAAAGGGUGGUUGAAAGGUAUUGAAGACGACAACCAGGAGACAGAUGUCCACUACAACUCUCUGACCGGAGAAGGGAAUUUCAACUGGCGCUUUGUCUUUCCGUUUCAUUACUUACCAGCAGAGAAGCAAGUUGUGGUUAGUAAACGGGAAAACAUAUUCUCCCUGGAGAAGACAGAACGUAAAAUCCCAGCUGUUCUCGUGCUCCAGGUUUGGGAUUUUGAGAGACUUUCGUCUGAUGACUUCUUGGGUUCAAUGGAAUUAAACCUGAAUGGAUUCCAUCGUGGGGCCAAGACAGCCAAAAGCUGUGACAUGGGUAUGGCCACCAGCUUAAAAGAUGAGAACAAGAUCUCAAUAUUUCAGCAGAAAAGAAUUAAAGGGUGGUGGCCAUUUGUGAAGUCUGGAGAACUAACGGGAAAAGUAGAAGCAGAAUUUCAUCUGGUCACAGCAGAGGAAGCCGAAAAGAAUCCUGUUGGACGCGCCCGAAAAGAACCAGAACCAUUGGAUAAACCAAAUCGUCCGGACACGUCCUUCAACUGGUUUGUCAAUCCCUUCAAGUGUUUCUUCCACCUGAUCUGGAGAAAUUACAAGAAAUAUAUCAUCAUCGCCUUGGUCCUGCUCAUUCUAGCUCUGUUCCUUGCCCUAUUUUUCUAUACACUGCCUGGUGCCAUCAGUCAUAGGAUCCUAAGUGGGUGAACAUCCCACAGUGGGGGCUCUGGUGGAGUUAAAGCAAGAGGACAACCAAGGCCAAGUGGAGCUCUAUACCUAAGUUACAUUAUAGUUCUCUCUGUUAGCAAGUUAAUACCAGCCAACAAAUUUAUCAGGAGUUUUCUAUUGCCCAGAAACUUUCCUUUCAGGAGUUCUGCAAAAAUCAUUGUAUAAAGCUGUAUAAAUCUCUAUGCAGUGAGCUCCCUCUAGUGGAAGCUGCAGCUACACAGAAUUUAUCAUUUAACUGGAUGAUUUUGUCGGUGAUUUGUGUAUCCAUGUAAAAAAAAAAGCAGACCUUCGACCCCUAGAAGAAUUCUUAACCUAUUCAGAUGAAAUUAAAUUAAAUUUUAGGUAUACUUUCCUACCAUUAACCCAUUCCCUAUCCUAAUCCGUGUAAUGAUAAACUAUACAAUCAUACUAAAAUAUUGAAGAGCACCUGUUAGCAGGAUCCACCCUAUCAAACCAGACCUACUAGUACGGUUGGCUCUGCUGGUUAAAAUUAUACCUUUCUUGAGAAAAUAAUUUGUUGCAUUCCUGAGAAAAAAAGACGUUUAUUUUUCAUGCUAAUUAGGGCUUUAGUUCACCGAGGGGUGUGACCGGCACUGGAAAGCUGAAGAGCUAAGGCUCUACCCCUUGGUGCUCAAGGCAGGUAUCAUUUUAAUCCGACAGAUCAACCCUACCAGGCGUAGACCUGCAGACCUAUAAAGUCCCAAGACCCCCAGGCAGGGGUGCACCUAGCCUUUCUGCUACCUGAGGCGAAAACUGAAACAGCGCCACCCCAAAUGCCAAUUUCUUAACCUAACCCCUUUGCCACAAUGAAAGCGCUCAUUAACCAUGGCCCUUCUACUGCCCCCCUCUUGCCCCUACCUGGUGCUGCCUGAGGCGAUUGGUGGUGCACCCCUGGUCCCAGGGAUGAUAUUUACGCAUAACCAUGGAUAAUUGAUAUCAAUAUUAAAUCCCUCAUCACCCUAGACCACCAGAGAGACUACAUAGUAAUGGCCGUCACUCUAGACCACCAGAGAGACUACAUAGUAAUGACCAUCACUCUAGACCACCAGAGAGACUACAUAGUAAUGGCCGUCACUCUAGACCACUAGGGAUAUCCCUGUACCUCACUUAAUUCUUUCUAUGUAAAAAAAUGUGCGACAUAGUAUGUGAAAGCUGCAUGGAGAAACUGCUCUAUGGACUAUUAUGGAUAUUGCUUCUGUUGUACUGAUUGCACAAAUUCUGAUCCGUUCAGAUGUAGCCAAUGCUGACCCACUCGCCCUGUACAUGAGGUUCCCGAUUCCUCAAGAAAUAUUAUAACGUGCAAUAAUAUAAUGUGCAAUGAAUUUGUGACAACAUCUGCACGUUUGUAGUAAGAAAGCUGCCAAUACUUUCACAGCCAGUAAAUACUACAGCUGUUAAAGGGAUUUAAAGGGGUGGCCUGUCCUUAGGAUAGGUCCUCAAUAUCAGAUCGGUGGGGGUCCGACAACCCGCACCCACUACUAAUAAGCUGUUUCGGGCAGCCGCAGGUGCCAGAAACUAUACAGUGGACUGAAGGCUCCAUCUAACGUGUAGUUUCCAGCGCUGGCAUACCGCAUCUCAGCCCCCAUUCACUUGAAUGGUCGUGAGCUGCAGCACCCCAAAACGGCUCCUACACAAUGUAUGGCGCUGUCUGCUUCCGGCUUCAUUCACUGUAUAGUUUUCUGAGCUGGUAGCUGUCCAAAACAGAUGGUCGGUAGGGGUACUGGAUAUGUUGGACCUCCACAAAUCUGAUACUGAUGACCUAUCCUAAGGGUAGGCCAUCAAUAUCUAAGUACUGGAAAACGCC